GUUAGUGAGCAGGUAAAAAAGAAGGAUUUGCCUAAGCGAUUCUUCCAGGGAGCGGGCCCGGCGGAGCCCUUCAGCCCAUGCCCGGCGGGGACCAGUCGCCAGGAGUGCUGAGCCACGAUGUCCAUACUUGCCAAAAUGGGGGACUGGCAGGACCGUCACGACGGCACCAGCAACGGGACAGCACGGUUGCCCCAGCUGGGCACUGUAGGUCAAUCUCCUUACACAAGCGCCCCGCCGCUGUCCCACACCCCCAAUGCCGACUUCCAGCCCCCUUACUUCCCCCCACCCUACCAGCCCAUCUAUCCCCAGUCGCAAGAUCCUUACUCCCACGUCAACGACCCCUACAGCCUGAACCCCCUGCACGCUCAACCGCAGCCGCAGCACCCGGGCUGGCCCGGCCAGAGGCAGAGCCAGGAGUCUGGGCUACUGCACACGCACCGGGGGCUGCCCCAUCAGCUGUCUGGCUUGGAUCCUCGCAGGGAUUACCGGCGGCACGAUGAUCUUCUGCACGGCCCACACGGGCUCGGCUCAGGACUCGGAGACCUCUCGAUCCACUCUUUACCUCACGCCAUCGAGGAUGUUCCGCAUGUAGAAGACCCGGGUAUUAACAUCCCAGAUCAAACUGUAAUUAAGAAAGGCCCCGUGUCCCUAUCCAAGUCCAACAGCAACGCCGUCUCCGCUAUCCCUAUUAACAAGGAUAACCUCUUUGGCGGAGUGGUGAACCCCAACGAAGUCUUCUGUUCAGUUCCGGGUCGCCUCUCGCUCCUCAGCUCCACCUCGAAGUACAAGGUCACGGUGGCGGAAGUACAGCGGCGCCUCUCUCCGCCGGAGUGUCUCAACGCGUCGCUGCUGGGCGGAGUACUCCGGAGGGCGAAGUCUAAAAAUGGAGGAAGAUCUUUAAGAGAAAAACUGGACAAAAUAGGAUUAAACCUGCCAGCAGGGAGACGCAAAGCUGCCAACGUCACUCUGCUCACAUCACUAGUGGAGGGAGAAGCCGUCCACCUAGCCAGGGACUUUGGGUACGUGUGUGAAACCGAAUUUCCUGCCAAAGCAGUAGCUGAAUUUCUCAACCGGCAACAUUCCGAUCCCAAUGAGCAAGUGACAAGAAAAAACAUGCUCCUGGCUACAAAACAGAUAUGCAAAGAGUUCACAGAUCUACUGGCUCAGGACCGCUCUCCCCUGGGGAACUCCAGGCCUAACCCCAUCCUAGAGCCGGGCAUCCAGAGCUGCUUGACCCACUUCAACCUCAUCUCCCACGGCUUCGGCAGUCCAGCAGUAUGCGCCGCCGUCACAGCCCUGCAGAACUAUCUCACGGAGGCCCUCAAGGCCAUGGACAAAAUGUACCUCAGCAACAACCCCAACAGCCACACGGACAACAGCGCCAAAAGCAGUGACAAAGAGGAGAAGCAUAGAAAGUGAGGUGUGCGUGCCUCCAGACCUGCCCCUUUUCUCCUGCACCUCACCAGCCCCCAGUACCCCCCUUCCUGUCCCAACAGCCCCCACCCCCUGCAGGCGACAGCUCAGGGGAACCCCCCUCCUGCUGCUGCUACUGCUUCUGCUGCUGCCAUCGCCACCCUUCACCCACCCUCCGUCCUCCCGAGCUCCCUGGAGGGGCAGCCACUGCGGACUUAGCCCCUCUGCCUCAACUUCCUCUCUUGCCCUUAUGUGGAGCCUAAGAGAACAGAACAGGCCGUGAAGCCAGCAAAGAAAAGUUCUGUCAGUGUUUGUGAACUUUUUUAAACAAACGAAUCAACAGCAACAGACAACAGCAAAAACACAAAAACUUUUUUUUUUUUUCUAAAAAAAAAAAGAACGUAAAAGUUAAAAAAUAUAUAUAUAUGAGCUUCAUGGGACUGAAUCACCAUCUCCCCUUACAUACUUCAGUUCAGAUUGUAGCCAUACUUUAAAAAAAAAAGCAAAAAGGAUAAUGACAUUUUUAUCAGUAUUGUGAAUAAACUUGAACACAAAAUACACGAAGUUCCAUGUCAUGUCUUCAGUUGUAGAAGUUUUUCCUCUUCAAGGUAAAGCGACCAACUUGAACUUUAUCUGGCAACACGAUUCAUGGUUAUACAAGGGAAUCAGUGUUCAUGUUUCUGUAUAUAUUUAUUUAUGUGUAAUUUAAUGGGAAUUGUAAAUAUGGUGAGCCUGUUUUAAGCCCCCCCCCUUUUUUUUUUAAAUUUUAUUUAUCUGGUGAUCUCGUUUACCUCUUGUUUAGUGGGUUUGGAAUCUUCUAAUCUUCCCUAUUAGUUCUUCAUGUGGUUCAUGGUAUUUUAGAAAUCCAAGAUUUGGGGGAUUUCCCCCGCCUCCCUCUGAGAUCCAUGAAUUUACUCCUGUGGUAGCAUGUUAAAAGGCAACAAUGAAACAGCUGAACAGAAAAAAAUUAAAAAGUAAAAUAAAAAGUUAUAUAAUUAAUAUUACAUUUAGCUUUUUCAUUGAACUGAAAGAAGAAGAAAAGAUACUGUGAUAUUGGACCCUGCAAAGAUUUUUUAAAACUUGAGUGGUUUUAUAACCCUUCUAUGUAUUGUGGGGAGAAAAAAAAAAAAAAAGUUUAUUUUAUUCUACUGUCCUCCCUUACAAGCCUCAUUCGAGCAAUAAAUGGAUAUUGUCUUUACCAAGGGUUAGGGAUUUUUCCUUCUCUCUCUCUCUCUCUCUCUUUUUGUUCAAAGAACUUCAAACAUUUGGGACCACCUGGUAUUCUGUAUUUUCACUGGCCAUAUUGGAAGCAGUUCUAGUUGUAUUGUAUUGAGUUGUGCUGACGGUACUUUCAAUGCCUGUCAAUGUAUCAUAGUCCUUUGUUGCCCAGAUAAAUAAAUAUUUGAUACGCUUUAUGUCGAUUUUUUUUUAUUCAGUGGCUGUCUUUACCCAGGCGUAUUUUUGUUCUUGGCAGUAUUUUUUAUUCAGUAUGGUUACAGUAAUUGAGUUUAACUCUCCCUUGGCAAUUGCUCCUUGCAAUAAGCAGCUGAACCCAUUGUUUCCCUCAAGUAUAAUAAAAACUUACUUUCAACUUGGAGUUCAGAGCAGGGUAUCAUUUAGGUAUUUCACGGAGUCUGUAUUCAGACAAAUGAUACAAUAAAACCCAAUGUAUUCUUUUGGAGAAAAGAUUGUUUGUACUGCUAAAGGAAUGACAUACUGUCUUUUCCUUACUAGAAACAUUAAUUCUAUUAUUAAAAAUAAAGUUUUAUUUUAUUUA